ACAGCAUCUGGGCACACUAAAACACUGCACGUGUAUACUUUUUGCUGUUAAAAGACAUUAAUUUACAGAUUGAUUGUUAAAAGCUAUAUACAACCAUGAAUGCUGACGACUCCAGCGAUAGCAUGGAUGACCUAAAGGAGCUUAUGGACAUCUAUGCCAAGGAGGAGAAAAAGGAAGAAGCCCAAAAAGCGGUAUCGACCUACAUUGAAGUGCCCAUGGAAAAGGUGCUCUUUGGGGAUAAGCAGAAAUUUCUUUCAAAUCUAGCUAAAUCUGUGGGCCACAAAUACCAACCCGAAGAUGAGGAGAAAGCAAAGAAACCUGUUACCAAACGGCAAGCAGCUUGGACCGACUCGGAUGAUGAUGAUUUGGAAGUGGGCGAGGUCAAGAAGGCCACAAAACAUACAGGACCCUUGAAUCACUUGAAGAAAGAUAAGUCCUACAAAGAAUAUCUAACCCAGCGUUAUGAACGUACCAUGGCCCAACCCAAAUGGGCAGAGCCAAAGGAGAAGCGACAAAAGGGCGUGGAUUCCACCGAUUCCUCCUCCUCCGAUGAUGAGCAACUAUUGAAGACUGUUGGCUUCAUAGACCACAAGGCCAAGUCGCGAGAGUUAAGACCCAAGAUCUUGUAUUUCAAAAAAGUCAAAGAUUUAAAUAGAGCCACCUACAGCGAGCUUACCGUAUCCGGUGUUCAAUUUCAUCCGACGAGUACAGCGGCUCUGGUAUCUGGCCAAAAUGGCAUGGCCAGUCUUUAUAAGGUGGAUGGCCAAAAGAAUGAGAAAUUGCAUACGAUUAGAUUUCCCAAAUUCCCGAUCUAUUGCACAAGGAUAACACCUUGCGGAACAAAGGCAUUUUUUGGAUCCUCACGACCACUCUAUUGUGUAUACGAUCUGCUGGAGGCCAAGGCGACGUAUUUAAAGAUUCACAAGGAUGUAAAGAGCUUCAAUCGUUUCGAGAUUUCCCCGUGCGGCAAAUAUAUAGCCGUAUGUGGAGCCUUUGGUCAUAUACACAUUUACACCACGGACACUAAUGAGCUGCUGCACACCUACAAACAGGAGGGUCAAGUGAGAGCACUCAGCUGGACGGCAGAUUCCAACCAUGUUAUCUGCUGUGGCAUCACCAGCCAGGUUAAUAUACUUUCGAUUCGACAACGCAUCGUGGAGCAUUCAUUCACGGAUGAGGGCUGCAUCAAUGGCCAAACCAUUGAGUUGUCACCCAAUCAACGCCUUCUGGCCACUGGCAGUAGUGAGGGCGUCGUCAAUAUCUAUGACUAUGAGAAGGUAUGGAAGUCCUCGGUUCCCACUCCUGAGAAGAGCUUCAUGAAUUUGCGCACCUCGGUCACGGGCUUGAAAUUUAAUCAUUCAUCCGAACUGCUGGCCAUGUGUUCGAUUGAUGUCAUGAAUUCUUUAAAAUUGGCACAUUUUCCUAGCUCCACGGUCUAUGCGAAUUUUCCAACUCAAAAUCAUGAUUCUAUUGGCUAUGUCCGUGGAAUCGCCUUUUCCCCAAAUAGUGGAUUCUUAGCCUGUAGUACUAAGGGUAGAAAGGCUCCGCUCUUUAGACUUAAGCACUUUAAGAAUUAUUAAUGGACAUUGUUUCAAAUAUAUAUUUUUG